AUGUCGCCGUCCGUGUCGUCGCCCCUUGGCGGGCUCGGGGACAACUUAUUUACGCCGGUGAUGAAGCUCCGUGGCCAGACAUUCGACGACGUUUCUGGCCAAUUAGUGCAGGACGAAGAGCGGAUGCAAGGCGACGUGUCAUUGUCCGUGUACAGCGAGUACCUAGAUGCGGCGGGGGGGUACGGUGCCGUGGUGAGUUUGUUAUUUGGGUUGAUCUUGUGGCAAGCGCUCACCGUGGGCAGCGACCUGUGGUUGAACGUGUGGACAGGCACGGUUGCAACCGAGUCCCCUCAGCAGUUUUUAGCCCAAACGUGGUACUACUUGAGCAUUUACGCCGCGCUCGCUUUUCUGGCGGUAUUUGCGACGGUGAUUCAGUCGCUGAUCGUGUACAGUUCGUGCAUGAAGGCGUCCAGAGCAUUGUUUGAGCACAUGACGGACGCGUUGGUCGCGGCGCCCAUGAGCUUUUUCGACACAACCCCCGUCGGGCGCAUCCUCAACCGAUACACCAACGACAUUGGCACGAUCGAUGUGAGCAUUCCGUUCCAAGUGACCUUCAUAGCGUCCUCCACGUUCGUCACCGUGUGCUCCGUGGCCACGGCCGUGUACAUGACAUCGUACAUUGGCCUGGUGGUGCUGCCGCUGCUGUACGUGUUUGUGUUGACGGGGCGGUUUUACGUGAAACCAGCGCGAGAGCUGGAACGUGUCAACAAAAUCACCAAGUCCCCACUCCUGAAUUUGAUCUCUGAGGCAAUUGAAGGCGUGCUGGUCAUCCGCGCGUUCGGGGACAACCAACUGCGCCGGUUCCAGCGCCUGCACUUUCGCAACGUAGACGCGACCAACGAAUCGAUGUUUGCCAAGGAAGUCGUGACCACGUGGUUUGUACUGCGCAUCCAGUUUAUGAGCGCCAUGGUGUUGAUGGUCGUGUCGGUGGCGCUCGUGUUCCUGCGAAGUCAGCUCACCCCCGGUCUCGUGGGGCUAGCGCUCAACUACAUUUUCUCGAGUUUAUCCAUAUUAGAGUACUUGAUUCCAUCGUACGCGCAGUUUGAAACGCUCAUGGUUGGCCCCGAGCGUGUCGCAGAGUACUGUCGAAUCCAGCCGGAACCCCCCCGCGUGAUUUCCGGCGCCGUGGCCCACGACUGGCCCACGAACGGCGACAUUGCGUUUACAAACAUGGCGUUCCGGUACAAAGUGAACGACCCGCUGGUGCUCCAGGACGUGACUGUGCACAUUCAAUCUGGCGAAAAGGUCGGGAUUGUGGGGCGCACGGGGGCCGGCAAGAGCAGUUUGACCAUGGCGCUGUUCCGCAUCAAUGAACUGGCGCGCGGCAGCAUCCACAUCGACGGCGUCGACAUCUCCCGCGUCGGCGUCAAGACAUUACGGAGCAGCAUUGCUAUAAUUCCGCAGACGCCCGUGCUGUUCAAAGGCACGUUGCGCAACUACUUGGAUCCGUUUGACGAGUUUGUCGACGCCGACUUGUGGGGGUGUUUGCAAAAGGUGCGUCUGGCCGACCGCAUUGCCGCCGUGGAGGGCAAGUUGGACAGUCCCGUGGAAGAAAACGGAGAGAACUUUAGCGUGGGCGAGCGACAGAUGUUGUGCAUGGCGCGGGCACUGCUCCGCCAAGCGCGCAUCGUCGUGAUGGACGAAGCCACUGCGGCCAUUGACCACGAGACGGACCAGAACCUUCAGCGCGUGAUCAGCACCGAGUUUGCGGCGUCGACGGUGCUCACGAUCGCCCAUCGACUCGACACGGUGCUGGACGCCGACCGCAUUCUCGUGUUUGAUCAAGGCCGGUUGGCCCAAUGCGACACCCCCGCGGCGUUGAUCGGGGCGGGUGUCGGCAUUUUCUUUGAACUUUGCCAUGAGGGCGGGUACCUAGACAAAGUCGUCAAUUCCCAACCACUAGAGUAG